AAAAUAAAUACCAAAAUAAAACUCAAUUUAUAAUGUAUUAGUAAUUAUUGAAAUGAACAAGCUAUCAAUGAAUAAUACUUCUAGAACAUUUAUGAACCUUAGUUAAUGCUAAAAAUGUAAUCUUAUUGUAAAGUGUUACCAUUUCAUGUUUAAAGAUCUGCAAAGGCCAGAGCAUUACAAUUACACAAAUGUAGACCUAUAUUACAUGUGUAAUCUCUCGCUUUAUUUGCUUCUAAAUAACUCUUAACUUUCUGUGUCGUGUGAGCGGCCGCUAAGUUAAUCACUAAUAAUCUUUACGACGGAAGUGAAUCAAUCGGAACUAACUUUAUCUGGACGAUAACUUUACUCUAGAUCUGCUGUAAAGAUCACCGAAACUCUCUCUGUGACUGUAAUCUCCUGUUAUCACUGUAACGCUGCUGUGAGACGGUACAGAUGAAGGGAACGGGCAGUGUGUGCUCUCAGACGUGUGUGUUCUGCUUCUCAGACGUGUGUGUUGUGGUCUGUGGCGUGUGGGGAAUGCAGCCGUAUCUCUGUCGCGGUUGUGAAUGUUUGCUGAAAAUAGUGCCGGGCGUGUCCAGUGUUCCGGAUCUGGAUCAGGGUUUGUGCGGGAGCGUGCGGUGACAGAUGGUGUGGGGACAGACUGGUGCCGAUGCUCACGCCGGACACUGGCUCAUUGUGUGUGUAUCGACACAUCAGCUGAACACACACACACACACACGCAAGGAAGAGCUCCUCUAAAACACACUCUUCAGAUCUUCAGCUUGGGUCAGUCUCACUGAAGAGUCAAACACUGUAGCGCUUUCAACUUCUGAAUCCACCAAUCACGUAAUUCCAGCUUUUCCAGCAUGUUUGGAAAGAAGAAGAAGCGUCUGGAGAUCUCGGCGCCGUCUAACUUCGAGCACCGGGUCCACACGGGCUUCGACCCGCAGGAGCAGAGGUUCACGGGCCUGCCGUCGCAGUGGCAGAGUCUGCUAGCGGACACAGCCAACCGGCCCAGACCCGUGGUGGACCCGUCCUACAUCACCCCCAUACAGCUCGCCCCCAUGAAGAUAUCUCCCAAGAAAGUCCGGUUGGCUGAGUCGCCGUUGCGAAAAACCAUCGUCCGCGGGAGCCGACCGCCCAAGGACGCCUCCAUUAACGGCCUGUUGGAGGAGUUCGACAGCAUCUCCGUGACCCGCUCCAACUCCCUGAGGAAAGAGAGUCCCCCUGGACCGCAUCAGGCCGGCGGAAGCAAACCAGCGUCUGCGUCCACGUCCAACACCGGCGGCCCCGAGGAGAACGGCUUCGGACACUAUUAUGGCCGUUUCUCCUGCGAUCUGGAUAGCAGUAAGGACUUCUCGCUUGACCCGUACCGGCUCCAUGACGGGGAGUGGCCGGUCGGACGGCACUACCGCUUCUCCCUCAAACAGAACGGCCACCCCAUCCGGAGUCCCUUCUACCCCGACGCUAUGCCGCAGAAGUCUUCAGACUAUGCCAAGAUGCCUCCGGACUACCACGCCUACCUGGAGAGCAAGAUGCGUCUGUCCAACGACGAGAUGGCCAUGGGCGGCCGGAGGGAAUACUACCGGGCCUCUCUGGGCGGAUCCAGUCAGGACUACCGGGAACAGCCGCUGGGAACCCCGUCUCGGGUCUCCAUCCACAGCGAGCAGAUGACCUACCCAGACGGAGACUGGGGAUACGGAGCGGGACUGAGAGAGGACUACGACAAGAGGCCCAAGUCCUCGUACAUCAGCCAGACGAGCCCUCAGCCGGCGAUCCGGCAGCGCUCCCGGUCCGGUUCUGGUCUGCAGGAGCCAAGCGUGCCGUACGGGAUCAGCGCGUUCAAAGCGGCGCCGCAGGGGUCGUACAGCUCGUACACGUACCCGAGACUGUCGGAGAACACGUCUGCGAUCGUCAUAAGCAAGGGCGACUACGAGCGAGUCGCUCGGGACGGGAGUCCGCAGGUGCCGUUGGGCGAGUCGUAUCCACGUGUUCCCUUCAAACUACCUCAGAGCCACGGCAAGCCCUCGUACCCGGCCGGUUUCCAGUACCCGCCGCCCUUCCACUACAAGCCGUCUCCAUACCAGCACCCGCCGUCCCAGCCCAGUCCUCCCUACACCCCCCAGGGGGCGCUCUCGCUCUCCCAGCCCAGUCCUCCCUACACCCCCCAGGGGGCGCUCUCGCUCUCCCAGCCCUCCUCGCCCUACACCCCUCCUGGAGCCUACCCUCCUCCCAGCUGGGGCUCCAGCUCCGAGACGCCCCCCUCCAGGGUGUCCCACGAACAGUUCCGGGCCGCGCUCCAGCUGGUGGUGAACCCCGGAGACCCGCGCGAGUAUCUCGACAACUUCCUGAAGAUCGGAGAGGGAUCCACAGGGAUCGUGUGCAUUGCCACGGAGAAGCACAGCGGGAAGCAGGUGGCCGUGAAGAAGAUGGACCUGAGGAAACAGCAGCGACGAGAGCUCCUGUUCAAUGAGGUGGUCAUCAUGAGAGACUACCAUCACGAGAACGUGGUGGACAUGUACAACAGUUAUCUGGUCAGCGAUGAACUCUGGGUAGUGAUGGAGUUCCUGGAGGGCGGAGCUUUGACCGACAUCGUCACGCAUACGAGGAUGAACGAGGAGCAGAUUGCCACCGUCUGCCUGUCGGUGUUGAAGGCGCUGUCGUACCUCCACACACAGGGUGUCAUCCACCGAGACAUCAAGAGCGACUCCAUCCUGCUCACCAGUGACGGACGCAUCAAGCUCUCGGAUUUCGGCUUCUGUGCUCAAGUGUCUAAGGAGGUUCCCAAGAGAAAGUCUCUGGUGGGAACGCCGUACUGGAUGGCUCCAGAGGUCAUCUCCCGAUUACCCUACGGCACUGAGGUGGACAUCUGGUCUCUGGGCAUCAUGGUGAUUGAGAUGGUGGAUGGAGAACCUCCGUACUUCAACGAGCCUCCUCUUCAGGCCAUGAGACGCAUACGGGACAACCUGCCGCCUCGACUCAAAGAGUCCCAUAAGGUGUCGUCGGUCCUGCGAGCCUUCCUGGACCUGAUGCUAGUGCGUGAGCCGUCCCAGCGCGCAUCAGCGCUCGAGCUCCUGCAGAACCCCUUCCUGAAGCUGUCCGGGCCGCCGGCCUGCAUCGUUCCUCUGAUGCGCCAUUACCGCCACCGCUGAGGUCACAUGAUGCUGGAGUCACAUGAUGCUUUCAUCAUCAACGGAACAGAAGAGCGGUUGCGCCUCGGCCCGCUAGCGUUCUGUUGAUCCCGUGGUGGAUCCAUCGGGCCACACGAUAGAGUCUCUUAACCAACAAGCGUCUUUUUCACUGUCGUCUUCUCACGCUAACUAUUUUAGAGCAAUUGUAAGUUUUACUUGUACAGUUUUGAUAAACAGCAGUAUUUUUGUUGUGUUGUUACCAUGGUGAAAUGGGCAGUGUUACAUAGAACUUGAGUUUCUGCAAAAUAAUGUUAAUAUUAAUAAUAAUAAUAAUAAUAAAAACUUUCCUACUGUUUAUAUUUAAUUUUUUUGAAGAUGGUCAUUUAAACGCCCUGUUGCAGACAGAUGAAUCGGAAUAUAUUUAUUUAUUCUGCAUUUGUAGAUACUGCCGGCCGUCAGAGUUUUCUACGCUGUAUUGAUUUCUGAUUCCUCAGUAGUGUGGCCUUUUCCAUCUCAUUCUCACCGUCUGCCGUCGCUCAUGUGUGUAAAUCACCCACACUUCAUUCCUUCAUCCGACCUCUAGCAAUAUUACCGUGUUUGGCACAAUAAUGGAUCACGUGUGUUUUCUAGUCUCACCUGUGUCUCAUUGGUCACUGUGAUCUGUAAAUAUGAACGUGUGUUUCACCUGUAGAAAUAUACAGAUCCAGCCGCCAUGUUGCUUCUGUACCGUGAUCUCGCAUGUGUGUCACUGAAAGCUGCUUUCAAUAAAAAACACAAAUGUGUCCACGUGC